AUGUCGUCUGUUUUGCAGAAGCGCCGUGGAGCCAAGCUGGUCACGCCCACAGCGGCAAGAAGGUCGGACCUGUUUGACGAGGACGAUGUGUCCAGAGACAGAACUCCAGACCACAAGAUCGGCGUGGACGACAGAGACAUUGUUGACCGCCGUGCCUUGAAGGUGCCUUUCUUGACGCUCAUGGAGGAAGUUUUGUUGAUGGGGCUCAAGGACAAGGAGGGCUACUUGUCGUUCUGGAAUGACAACAUAUCAUAUGCGCUCCGGGGUUGCAUCUUAUUGGAAUUGACGUUCAGAGGGAAGAUCACUUUGGUCAACGACCCCGCCAGAAGAAGAUUUGAGCUCAGUGAUCGUCUAGUCGAGGUUAUCGACACGGACCCCACCGGUGAGGUGUUGUUAGACGAGGCUCUCAAGAUAAUGAAGAAUGAUGAGGGCCACUUGUCUGUGUCAAACUGGAUCGACUUGUUAUCGGGCGAGACCUGGAACUUGAUGAAGAUUUCAUACCAAUUGAAGCAGGUGAGAGAAAGACUAGCCAAGGGCUUGGUCGACAAGGGUGUGUUGAGAACGGAACGCAAGAACUUCUUCUUGUUCGACAUGGCCACCCACCCGGUUGCCGAUAAAAUGUCCAAGGAGCACAUCAGAAACAGAGUCUUGAACAUUUUGACGCAAAAGACCGCGGACUUGGACUCUUUAAGCAACGACCACUUUCCUGCUGACACCUCGUUGCGUUACUUGAGAACAAUUGCCUUGGUGUGUGGCGCCUACGCUGCCAACGUUUUGGAAAACGUAUUGAUGACAUUGAACUAUGACAAGAGAGACCACGCCUUCUCUCGCGCUGAUGAGUUGUUGAACGACUACAGCGAUUACCCAUUCAAUCUUAAAGGUGGACCUAGUCCCUUGGGGCUCAGCAUCAACUUGCCCUCGGAGGUGAACAAGGAGAUUGAGCAGAGCUCGGCCACAGAGUUGCAGUUAGAGUUGGUGGCUGCCGUGUUGAGUGUGUUUGCGAGAAUGGACUCCAUUUUGUGA